GUUGGUUGAGAAACAGAAGAAGAAAAUAUAAACAGUUGGCAAUUGGGAAAGAAGAAGAAAGAAGAAAACAUAUUUUUUGGCCGAAAUGGACAGCGUAAAAACUCAUUUCCAUUAUUAAACGAAACGUCAACGAAUCAGACAACGCAGAAAUAAACAGAAAAGAGCAGAUAACGGGAGGGAGCUUGGCGGAAAACGGCAACAUAUGGAUGUCGGCCGCAAAACGUAAACUCCGAGAUAACGAAAGAAGUGACACGAUACCAACCGACCGAUACUAAUAUACAAUGGUAGCGGCAAAAUACGAGCGCCUGAGUGCCAACGACGGCGACAACAGCGGCGACGGCGGAGCAGCGGCGGGAAACCAUCAUCAUGGUAACAGCUCUGAAGACGAGGAGAUCGAGCUCGAUUUGAGCCAACACAAGAUAGGUCCAAGCAAUGGCAACCAGCCACAUCGGACGCAACGGCAGAGCAACUUCAAGUACGCCGUCAGCAAGGCGGAUUCUUCAGCUGGAGCAGAGGGUGGCGAUACCACGCAGGCACGACAGGAGAACAUGAUGAUGCAGAUGGCCGUGGGCACGCUGGCCAUCAUCCUGCUCUACCUUACCCUGUCCAUUACGCUGACCUUCUACCAGACGGACAUUAACCGGCAGAUGCCCUUUCCCCUGGCUAUUGUCACGUAUCAUCUGAUGGUGAAAUUUCUGCUGGCAGCCCUGGUCCGGCGGAUAUACAAGCUGCAUGUGGGCAGAUCACGUGUCCAGCUGGACUGGCGAGUGGCGCUGCGCAAGAUGGCUCCCACCGGCGUGGCCAGUGCCAUAGAUAUUGGCUUCUCAAACUGGGGCCUGGCUCUUGUGCCCAUCUCUCUAUACACCAUGACCAAGUCCUCGACCAUUGUUUUUAUUCUGCUGUUUGCCAUUGCCCUGGGACUGGAGAAGAAGAGCUGGUAUCUGGUGUCGAUUGUGGGCCUGAUAGGCACCGGCCUGGUGAUGUUCACCUACAAGUCCACGCAGUUCAACGCCCUCGGCUUCUUCUUUAUCCUCUUUGCAUCGCUGAGCAGCGGCCUGCGCUGGAGUUUCGCCCAGUUUAUUAUGCAGAAAUCAAAGUUGGGACUGCACAAUCCCAUCGACAUGAUCUACUACAUGCAGCCAUGGAUGAUUGCCUCUCUAGUGCCGCUGGUUAUUGGAAUUGAAGGUCCCAGGCUGCUGAUGGUCGUAGGGGAUAUGCACAAUUACACCAUGCAUGAGAUCACCUGGGCCAUUGCCCAAAUCACGUUCGGUGCCCUGCUGGCCUUCUUCAUGGAGUUCAGUGAAUUUCUGGUGCUGUGCAAGACCUCCAGCCUUACACUCUCGAUAGCCGGAAUCUUCAAGGACAUUUGCCAGUUGGCCUUGGCCGUGACCCUGAAAAAGGAUCAAUUGAGUCUCAUUAAUGUGAUCGGUCUGGUGGUCUGCCUGGCGGGCAUCGUGUGCCACUUGAUGCACAAGUACUCCAGCAUGAAGGAGGCGCAGAAACACCAAAAAGCCAUGGCAUUUGACAACGACAACGAAGAGUCCUCUGGCGAAUAUAAAUUCAACACUGGCAGCGGCGACGGGGGUCCUGGCAGUGCCAUCAUCGGUGUUCAUGUCAGCAAAGCGCACUCAACGCUGACGGUGCCAUUGCUGGAGCAAACCGAUUCGGAGGACGAAUCGGGCAAUGAUCCUGGCAACAACAAGCAGAAUGCCUCCGAUGUGAUCUUCGAUGUGCUGAAAAGGCGCGAUAUGCAGCGAUGAAGGCGGCUGCACAGCUGCCAGCCUCUUGUACAGAUGUCCAGUGAUAUGGACGCCGUUAUCCUGUAAAUGUUGUAAAUUUCAACGAGUCCUUUCUCCUACUUAAACCCACACAGAACUCUACUUACGAUACUGGGAUAGCCAAGCAGGUUUAAGUUAGUUAGUUUUGAAAUUUUUAAUUUCUAAUUAUUAUUUCAAAAAAGAAGAUUUUAUAAGGAUUAUCAAACAGCAGUGCGUGUGUAUGCGUGCUAUCCUAGUUAAACUAUUUCCCUGAUUAUGACAAGACAGCUUGGAUAUAUCUGAGUAAACUUUGGGCCACAUUGCUGAAUGCGCUUUUGCAUUUAUAAAUUAAAUGAAACUUUAACUUUUAAGAGCAUUUUAAAAAAGUUUUCGCUGCAUUUCCCUUUUGCCCAAAGUGAACUUAUUAAACUCCCAUGCAAAUAUAUAUAUCUCGCUUUUUUAAAAUUCCCAAAAAUAACCUUCUCUAUGCUUUAAGAACUUGUGUAAAAAUAACAAAUAAGACAGCCUUAAAGAUCCUUUCAAUUGUUCCUUAAUUGUUUGCAUUCCAAGAUCGGACUUUAACUUUAAGUUGUAAGUAAUAAGCAAAUGGGCCAUGUUGUUUUCUGUUAGAAAAUAUAUAUAACUGUCUUUGUUGUUUUUAGUUGACAAUGUAAUGUUUUCUUUUUGAUUUGUUGAGUAUUUUUCGACAUUUUUGUAUCCAUAAGUUGAUAAGUAAUUUCGAUUAAAUAUUAAAUUAAA